AUGAGCAAUGAAGAGUAUAAAAAGAUUCUUAGGAAAUUAGAUCUUGCUAUUAUCCCUUAUUGUUCCUUGCUCUAUCUAUUAUCAUUCUUGGACCGUGUCAACAUUGGCCAAGCCGCUGUUGCUGGACUUAAGCAAGAUUUACAUAUCGUUCAAGGCAAUGCUUAUCAGAUUGCACUCUCUGUCUUCUUUAUCGGAUAUAUUGUAGUGGAAGUGCCCUCUAAUUUGGUUUUGAAGGCAUUGAAACCGCACCGAUGGAUUCCAAUAAUCAUGAUCGCCUGGUCUAUUGUCAUGACACUCAUGGGUGUUGUGAAGAAUGGACAUGGUUUACAAGCGGCAAGAUUCUUCCUAGGUAUUGCAGAAGGUGGAUUGUUCCCAGGAAUCAACUUUAUGUUGACCUGCUGGUAUGCUCGUAGGCAGCAAUCGUUAAGAAUCGGAAUCUUUUUCAGUGGGGCCACGCUUGCAGGUGCUUUUGGUGGCAUCCUCGCUUAUGGUUUGAAGUAUAUUCCAUUUCCGGGAGCGAAAACUUUCGGUGAUUUCUAUAAAGCUCACGGUGCACCUGCAGGCGGAUGGAGAUGGAUCUUCAUCAUUGAAGGUUUGAUCACUCUUAUUUGCGCUUUGCCCGGUUGGUGGAUCUUGGUCGAUUUCCCAGCAGAUGAUAAUAAAAUCUUAGAUCGAUCAGAGACUGCUAAAUGGAACAAUUAUCUCGCUAAAUCUCAAGGAGUCACUAAUGCAGAUAUUCCAUUCAGUUGGGAGCAAGUCACAAGAGCUUUCAAGGAUUAUCGUACGUAUCUCUAUGCUAUCAUGUACAUCAGUAUCGCUGAGCCUUUGUAUUCUUUGGCUUUAUUCACGCCAACGAUUAUCGCCGCUUUGGACUUCUCCGGUGCAUCAGCAAAUUUACUUUCUGUUCCGCCUUACGUUUUAGGAUUCAUCACAACCCUUACAACAGCUUUCGUUGCUGAUCGUUAUAUGAUUCGAGGACCGUUUAUUAUUUUCUGGGCAUGCAUCACAAUUGCAGGAUAUGCAAUCUUGAUCUCUGACGUUUCGGCAGGUGUCAAAUAUUUCGGAAUCUUUUUGACAGUGUCAGCAGUCAGCCCUAAUAUCGCUUUGGCUAUCAGUUGGGUCGGAGCAAAUUUCGGACCAAUGUACGUUCGAGCAACGGUGAUGGGUUUCUUUUUCACAAUCGGAAAUAGCGCUGGUUUGAUCAGUAGUAACAUUUAUCCAACAAAAGAAAGUCCUCGAUUUAUCAAAGGACAUGCUAUCAAUCUUGGAUUUGCAGGUGUAACGAUCAUCUCUUCCGUUCUUAUCAUGCUUUCUCAUUGGAACGAUAAUCGUAAACGUGAUCAAAUCUCCGUUGCUCAUCCUGACGGCCGUGACGUUGACCCAGCCCGUUUGAACACUGAAUCGGAAAAGCAAAGAUGGGGCUACGAAGGUUACACAAGAGAUCAAUUAUUGGCCCUAGGUGACAGACACAAUGGAUUCCGCUAUGUCAUUUGA